AAUUCUUACACAAUAGCGCAGCGGAGAAUGGAGUUGCAGGUCGGCGGUUCCGGGGCUCUCCACCCUGCGUCUAGUCCUCUGCCCACACAGGCCUCCUUUCCUGGCUGGGAGGACCGUGACUGUGUGCGGGUCGAGAUGCUGGGUGCCCCAGACUGGAGAGGACUCCAGCGAGGCUUCCUGGCACACCUCUGGAUGAGGGUGUGUCACCAUGGAGACGAGGCCGCUGCCAUUGGCUGGCGCCUCCGGCCGGGGCUAUAAAGCCGGGCCCGGAGCACCGAGCACUAACAGCGGCGGCCAGACUCGGGCGGUGUCGCCUGCGGAGCGGAAAGGGCAGGAUCUCGGCGCGGCCGUCGGUGACACCAUGGAGAACAACGAAUUCUCUUACGAAGAUUAUCAGAGCACCGCUGAGUGGCUUCGGUCUCACACUACGCAUCGACCUCAAGUGGCGGUGAUCUGUGGUUCUGGGUUAGGAGGUCUGACUGCUAAGUUAACUGAGGCCCAGGUCUUUGAGUACAGUGAGAUACCCAACUUUCCCAAAAGCACAGUGCCGGGUCACGCUGGCCGCCUGGUGUUUGGAUUCCUGAAUGGCCGAGCCUGUGUGAUGAUGCAGGGCAGGUUCCAUACCUACGAAGGCUACUCACUGUCUAAGGUGACAUUCCCAGUGAGGGUUUUCCAUCUUCUGGGCGUGGACACACUGGUAGUCACCAAUGCAGCUGGAGGCCUCAACCCCAGCUUUGAAGUUGGAGACAUCAUGUUGAUCCGGGAUCACAUAAAUCUACCUGGUUUCUCUGGCCAAAACCCUCUCCGCGGCCCCAACGAUGAAAGGUUUGGCGUCCGUUUCCCUGCCAUGUCUGAUGCUUAUGACCGGAAUAUGAGGCAGAAGGCUUUGAACGCCUGGAAACAAAUGGGGGAGCAGCGGGAAUUACAGGAAGGCACCUAUGUGAUGCUGGCGGGUCCCAACUUCGAGACUGUGGCGGAGAGCCGCUUGCUGAGGAUGCUGGGAGCAGAUGCUGUUGGCAUGAGCACGGUCCCAGAAGUCAUUGUCGCCCGGCAUUGUGGGCUUCGCGUCUUCGGUUUCUCACUCAUUACUAACAAGGUCGUCAUGGAUUAUGCAAACCUGGAGAAGGCCAAUCACAAGGAAGUCUUAGAGGCUGGGAAAGCAGCGGCACAGAAACUGGAGCAGUUCGUCUGGAUCCUCAUGGAGAGCAUUCCGCCCCGCGAACAGGCUGCCAGCUGACUGGAGUCCACGUAGGAAAGAGGAGGAUUGAGGAUUCCGGCCCUUCACCUCCCCCUUGCUCUUCUUCCACCCUUCUGAUGGCUGUCCCUCUUGCUCAGCUGCCUUCUCAAAACAGUCCACCUUCCAGUCAUGCCCACCACACUUGGGGUGUGUGUAAGACAGUACCUUCCAGACCUGGAGACCAUCCUCGCGCUCGCCUGGGCCAGUCUGGCUCCACUAAAGCAUCAGAGACUAACCCAAUACCUCUUGGAUUUUAUUUAGCACCAUAAUGUUUUGAGAAUAAAGAGAUCAAGUACUUUCUUGUUUUGUGUAAUUUGGUAUGAAGUUGGGGCUUAGGCAAAGAUAGGCUUGAGAAACCGUGGGACCACAUGUCUUGUCUGAUUCUCUGAUUUUCAGAAGUAGCUAAGGAUGGAGAAGAGGUAGCCCAGUGGGGAGCAAGGGAUGAAGGUGGAAGAACAGGGGUGUAAGGAGCAGAGUGACCACUUCUUUUAAAUGUGUCCCUGUCCAUCACUCUGCUUUGCUCCAGUUGCUUUCCUGAGCAUCUGCAUCUCAAGGCUCUCACUUCUUGUGUCUUAGCUGCCACUUUCUUAUUGCAUUCCUUUUUAAUUUUUUCUUGUUUUUAUUGUGCUAUACAUUUUUCUCCAUUAUUGCAUUCUUUUUAUCCUGCUAGUUUUUCAGCCAUAUUAUUUUCCACCCCAUCCUGACAAUGAAGCAGCACCUACCUUUUGCUGUUUUUCACACUGCUGGCCAAGUUCUUUCCAACCCCAGCCAAGCCUGUGAAGUUGGGUCAUACUCAGUUUCUCCUUCAGCACUAUGUGAUGGCUAUUCUUGGUUUUCAACAUAACUACAUCUGGAAUUAAUUAAAACCCAAAAAUAGAUGGCCCAGCUGUAAGGACUUUUGCUUAUUUGAAAUGGAAAGGUCUGCUUCUAAUCUGGACACCUUGAAUUCAGAUCUUGAGUUGGGAAGACACCUUUAAUCUAGAUCUAAUCUGCACCACUCCUUCUGCUGGAGGAAGUCUAUGAGGACAUGAAAGAAGGAAGCUUUUGCUCCUUGCCUGCUUCUCUCUCCUUGCUAGCAAGUCCACUCCUUUACUGGCUUUACAGUCUACUUCUUCAGGAUUCCAGCACAUUGAAAACCAGAUGAGACCUCCAGCCUCAUGGACUGAGAAACUACUGGAUUCUUGGACUUUUUGUUCAUAGUCAGCUAGUGUUGGAUAAGCCUGUAAGUCAUCCAUCCAUCCAUCCAUCUAUCCAUCCAUCCAUCUAU